AUGCCCAAGGCUAGUAAACUCAGUGGCAAGGGCAAAAACAAAGUGUAUUCCCUCCCCUCCACUCAAAAAAAAAGAGACCUAGGGGUACCCAAGUUGAACGCUACCAAACUUGUUGGUAAAUCCUACAUACCACCGGCUUCACAAGUCCGACCUUCGCAUGUGGGACAUGGUUGGGAUGAAGAACAAUCAAACGACCCAUCUUCUUCACAAUGGCAUGUAGACUCGUCACUCAUAAGGGAUUCCUCUUCCAAAGCUUUCAUGAGGGAAUUGAGAAAAGUCUUAGAUGCUAGGGAUCCGGAUGGGACUAGGAGUAGGUGGGUGGAGGAUGAAGUUAGAAAGAGAGCUGGGACGGGGAAAAGGUUAUUGGGUGUUGUUAAUAAGAUUGAUCUCGUCCCAAGAGCAAAUUUAGAAGCAUGGAUCAAACAUCUACGUCUCUCUUUUCCCUGUAUGCCCUUCAAAUCUUCCACCCAAUCUCAACGACAUAAUCUCUCUCAAGCUGCUAUUCCCCUCGCCCAACCGACCUCAACAACAGUGGGUGUCGUAGGAUAUCCCAACGUCGGUAAAUCAUCCCUCAUCAACUCACUCAAGAGGUCACGAGCAUGUGCCGUCGCUGCCAUGCCGGGAAAGACGAGGGUCGUGCAGGAAGUGGCUCUGGAUAAAGGAGUUAAAUUGCUGGACUGUCCCGGUGUGGUAUUGGAGGAGUUUAGUAAAGAGGAGGGAGAGAAGAAAAAGGCAGAGAUGAUGUUGAGAAAUUGUAUCAAGGCUGAGUUAGUGGAGGAUCCCAUUGUACCAGUCGAAGUCAUACUGGACAAGGUCGGACCUGAGAUUCUGUGCAAGAUGUAUGACAUUCCCCCUUAUUCUGAUGUCCGUGAAUUUCUCAUUCGAGUCGCCCUCACACGAGGUAGACUAGGCAAAGGCGGUAUUCCCGAUCUGGACGCCGCAGCUGUCUCUGUACUUCGCGAUUGGAAUACUGGGAAGAUACCAUACUAUACCAUGCCACCCUUGUCCCGCCCAGCUCCAACUUCCGCGUUGGCUGGCGAUACUGAGAUGGCUGCCGAGUCGGAUCGAAUUGGAGAUGCAAAGAUCCUUACGGAGCUGAGUGAGGCAUUCACCAUAGACGGAUUAUUCGACAACUUGAACGACGAAGCUGUUUGGGAGCACGAUGAUGUGGCGGAAGAAGGAAGUGGCAUGGACGAAGACCUCAUUUUGGAACCCGAAUCCGCUAUGCAAACUCACGAUUAUCAUAAACAUAUCGAUUCCGACUCCGAGGACGAACGUUUACCCCGAGUUGCUCCUCCACCUCUUCCCAAAGCUGCACCCUCAAUGAAUCUGCCUAUCACAAAUAGUAUCGACCAUAACAAUGCCAAAUUAUUUACGCCUGAAGAAAUCUCCGUUCUCCCCAGCGACGUCCUCGACCGACAUAAACUCAAACAACAAGCCAAGAAAGCCAAAAAGCGGAGAUUAGCAGCUAUGAAAACGGAAGAUGAGCUCAUGCUUGGGUUCAUGGGUAUGGACGUGGAAGAAAGUGAUCCUCUGGAUUCCUCUCUCGUUUCCGACCUGGUCGAGGCUCUACCUACUAGUAAAAAACGGAGAGCCAAGAAACUGAACAAACCGACCAAGAUCAAGACAACGCCGUCGUUGAUUGUCACGGAGGAAGAGAAGAAAGAAAAGGAGUUUGCAAACUUCCUCGCAAGUGUAGGAGUGGACGAUUCGGACGAAGAGCUUUGA